CAUCAGGGCCAUAGAUAUCUACGCCCGGCCCUUAAUGGGCCCGGCCAAUUGACUAUCGGCUUUAAAUCCAGCCACCAGUGUUGCAUCUGAAUUCCUAGAAAACGUCUCUUUGCAGUCUGAAAUGGUUUCUCUGCAAUUUUCUUUCUUGUUUUCUCAGCCCCCUUCAAACAAUCCUUCCAAAUCCGAUUCCCCUCAAUUUGCAGCAAUGGCAAAUGCUGUUGCGGCUAGUGCUGCUGCUGCUGUGGGUUUUGGUGUGGGCUUUGCAGUCUCCCACAGAAUCAAAGCCCAGGCAGCAGACCCUCUUCUCCAAAACCCAUGGCAUUUCUUCUUACCUUCCACCCAAUAUCCAUCUUCUCCCAUCUGGGGUUCUCUCUCUCUGGCCGGCAAUCCCGGCGAAUCCGCGGUCGAGCCUAAGACCGGCGUUUCCUUCCCUGCGAUCUUGAAUGACACCCAACGCCUGCUCGGAAUUGGACUGCGGAAGAAAAGCGUCUUGGGGUUGAAGAACAUUGAUGUCUACGCAUUCGGUGUUUAUGCUGAUGACACUGACGUGAAAAGCUUGUUGGGUGAGAAAUAUGGAGCACUUUCGGUUUCCGAACUGAAAGAAAAGAAGGAUUUCUAUGAAGAUGUCUUGGAUCAGGAUGUAUGCAUGACUGUUAGACUUCAAAUAGUGUAUGGCAGAUUAAGCAUCCGGUCGGUUCGUAGCGCGUUUGAAGAGUCAGUAGGAAGCAGACUCCAAAAGUUUGGCGGAUCAGAUAAUAAAGAAUUACUUCAAAGGUUUACAUCCCAAUUUAAAGAUGAAUAUAGGAUACCACGUGGAUCUAUUAUUGAUCUUUCAAAGGAGCAGGGCCAUAUCCUUCGCACGACAAUUGAUGGAAAGGAGGUGGGAAGCAUCCAGAGUAAGCUUUUGUGUCGGUCUGUCUUAGACCUUUAUGUUGGUGAAGAUCCAUUUGAUAGACAUGCCAAAGAGGAUAUUGAGCUUGGUUUGGCAUCACUUCUUCAAAAGUAGAUAUGUAAUGGCUGAAAUAAAUGGCGGAGGAUGUUUGGAAUAUUCUGCCUUGAGAGUGUAUUUUCUUGUGUUUAGAUUUCUUUUAUCCAUCUUGCCCACAGAUGUAUCGGAGUUUAGAGAUCGUACUCUAUUUAGAAGCAUCUUCUUCUAAAAUAAUAAUAAUGAUGCAACAUGCUAAAUUUUGAUCGCA